GCGACUACCUUCAGGGUGCUCGAGUCACUCAACAUUGCGAUGAUCACGGAGCGCAUGUACUACUACUACCAGAGUGGUUACCUGCUGCCUGUGGUGAAGCAGGUGUACGAACGACGCAACAGCGAGCUCUUGGAAGAACUACGAGGCAAGAACCUUGAUCUGGCUGGCGAUGGCCGCUGCGACUCUCCGGGGUUCAGCGCCAAGUACUGCACAUACACCUUCCAUGAGGCGAGCACCAAGAAGCUGAUCCACAUUGAGCAAGUGCAAGUUCGUGAGACAGCUGAAGUGCCCUCGAGCAACGCCAUGGAGAAGGUGGCCUUCCUCCGCGGCCUUGCCAAGCUCAAGGAUCAAGGCUUCACCAUUGCCUCUUUCAUGUCAGACCGCCACCCAGGUGUGGAGUGCCACAUGAGGACCAUGGAGAGUGGCACAAAGCACUACUUCGACACGUGGCACAUCUCCAAAGGCGUGAAGAAGAAGCUCCUCGCAGCAAGCCGGAGUGGCCCUUGCAAGGAUCUGGAGGUGUGGGUGCAGCCGGUAAACAACCACCUGUACCACUGUGCUGCACUGGGGGAAGGAAAUGGCCCACUCAUGGUAAGCAUGUGGAUGAGCCUCCUCAACCACGUGGUCAACAAGCAUGACGGCCACGACGGACCCUACCACGAGUGCCUGCACCAGCCGCUCUCCGAUCGCGCUUGGCUAGCUGUCGGUACACCAGCUUACGAAAAGCUCAGGAGUAUCGUUGCAAGCCCGCGGCUUCUCAAGGAUAUCCAGCACCUGUCCCCCGGAACUCAGACGUACUACGUGGAAGCCUUCAACAGCCUGCUGCUAGGGUUCGCCUCCAAAUCUCGGGUUUUUUCACCAGAAGGGAUGGAAGCAAGGACCUUGGUGGCUGUGCUUCAUUUCAACGAAAAUGUCGGGCGUGAGCAAGCCACAACCAGGGAAGGGGAGCUUUGCUUCAAGAUCGCAACACCCAGAUCACGGAAGGGCCACUCAACGGCACGCCCGAAGCCAGCCGACGCAACUUUUCAGUACCGUGACGAGCUCCUGGACGAGUUAAUGGUCUGCCUGGGGAAAUGGCCCACCUUGAAGGAGGCCGUCGCUGCGAAUCCGCCGGACCAUCCGCCGCCCAUGUGUGCCAGCUAUCCAAGGCCCCCCAAGAGCGAGCUGAUCGUGGCAAGACGAACCCGGUUUGCCUCUCAUGCCGGGUAUGUUCACACGAGUAGUGAACAUUUCUGGUAGCGUGGCUGCUUGAUUAACAGCAAAAAUAUAACAAAAGCGUAGCCCCCCCUUCAUCGAAGU